UUUUCAAUUUCUUGUGAAUUUUCCGGUUUCAUUAUUCCACACCGACCUAAAUUAACUUAAACUAAAACUUCUCAAAAUGGCCCAAAUCAACGCGGUUUUAUCAAAGUUCUACAACGAUUACAUGUCAAAAACUUCGAAAAAAUUAAAAGUUAUUGAUGCUUAUCUAUUUUACAUUCUGCUCACUGGAAUCAUUCAGUUCGCCUACUGUGUACUUGUUGGUACUUUCCCAUUUAAUUCAUUCCUGAGUGGAUUUAUUUCAACUGUAAGCUGUUUUGUUUUGGGAGUAUGCCUAAGACUACAAGUCAACCCAGAAAACAAGAACCAAUUCCAUGGAAUCAGCCCGGAAAGAGGAUUCGCAGACUUUAUUUUUGCACAUGCAAUCCUGCAUUUAGUUGUAAUGAACUUUAUUGGUUAAAUUAAAUUGGAAAAAGUAUAUUUAAAGUUAUAAAAUAAAAUUUCUAUUAAAGAACU